AUGGAAUUUAUCGAGCUUAUAUUAAUAAAUAAAUUAGAUGGCGUUAUUCUAAAAUAUCCACACACCGAAAACGUAGACGGAACAGUAUGUAUAACUGGACAUCAUCUUAUUUUAAGUUCAAGGAAGGAAGGCGUUCGCGAAUUAUGGCUUCUUCACAAAAACAUAGAUAGCAUAGAGAAAAAAGAAAACAAGCCAAGUGGUGGUAUAACACAAGGAGGUUCUCUAUUUCUCAAAUGUAAGGACCUAAAGAUUUUCCAGUUAGAUAUUGGUUCUACUACAGAAUUAAAUCUUAUGGCUCAGACCUUGGAAAACUUAUCAAGCAUCCAGGACCCUAGUCUUUUCUAUCCAUUCUUUUAUAGACACAUGCAUCCAAUUGUAGAGAAUGGAUACACAUUAUAUAGUGUGGAGGGUGAAUUCACGAAAGUUCUAGCAACAGAGGAAUGGCGUGUGUCUAGAGUUAACCAGAAUUAUUCAGUGUGCAACAGCUAUGGCAAAGCUGUGGUCGUACCAAAGAGUAUAGAUGAUGAAACAUUGGUAGCUGCUGCCACAUUUCGUCAGGGUAGCAGGUUUCCUGUACUUGCCUAUCGACAUAAUAACGGGGCUGUGUUGAUGCGUGCAGGCCAGCCACUGUACGGACCCAAACACCGGCGGUGUAGGCCAGAUGAGGCAAUUCUCAACACUGUAGUAGCUGUUGGCACCAAAGGCGUCAUAUACGACCUGCGUAGCUCAAACUUAAUAUCACAGCAGCAAAACAAAGGUGGUGGCACAGAAAGUAACUCUAACUAUUCACAAUGGAAAAUUUACAACAGGUCUAUGGACGAUGUUGACAAUCAGCAACAGUUACUUGAGAGUUAUUCCAAAUUUAUUGAAGCAUGCAACGACCGUGAAAUAUCUAGUGACAAAUGGAUAUCGAAACUUGAAUCAUGUGGAUGGCCAGAGAGCGUCAGAAAUUCGCUUCAUACAGCGUGCAUCGUCGCACAGCAUAUACACCAAAAAGCAGAACCUGUCUUAAUACACGGCACUAGAGGGGAAGAUGCUACCUUACUAGUCUCUUCAUUAGUUCAGGUCAUCUUGAAUCCUGACUGCAGAACCAUCAGAGGUCUGCAGGCUUUAAUAGAACGUGAGUGGUUGCAAGCGGGCCACCCGUUCGGUUCCCGUCAGCGGUGCGGCCCGUACGCGGCGGCGGUGGCCCGCGCCGCUCCCACCUUCACCCUGUUCCUGGACUGCCUCAGGCAGUUCCUGGAGCAGUUCCCGUGCAGCUUCGAGUUCCGGCAGUCGUUCCUCAUUACCCUGUUUGAACACUCAUACGCGAGUCAAUUCGGUACAUUCCUCUGUGACACUGAACAAGAGCGAGAAUCGCGCGGUGUCCAUCGUCAAACGACCAGUGUUUGGUCGUGGGUGAAUCAGCCGGACGAGAUGCCGAACCAUCUCAAUCCACUGUACGACCCCACACCUAACGUUAUAUGGCCAUCUGUGGCCCCAAUGAGUUAUGUCAUCUGGGAAGAGCUCUACCUACGCUGGUUAAUAGAACAACAUACUGAAGUUCGCGAAGAACAGUACAGAGCUAUACGUACUCGCGAACAACAACUUCGCUCUCAAGCGCAACAAAUGAGGAGAGAAUUAUUAGAGUUGGCACAACAGUAUUACUCUGAAGACAAAGUAUUAAAGGACAAAUAG